AUGCAUUUCAAGACCGUUGCCACGUCGCUCCUCGUGGCCGGAGCGGUUGCUACUCCCUUCCGCCGGCAGACUUCGAACGAGACGUACUGCGACGAGGACCUUCCUGUCCCUAAGCCUAGCACUACAAAGGCUCACUUCCCUCCCACCACCGUGCCUGUCAGCAGCAACGACACGACCACAGCGGUCAGCUCCAGCUCCAGCUCCAGCUCCGCUGCCCCUAGCUCCACUGCUCCGGCCACUAAUAUCCCCUACGGGGUUGCAAUCACCAGCUGUACUGUCGACGGCGACUUCGCUCUGACCUUUGACGACGGACCUUUCACUUACACCAGCCACGUCCUUGACCUCCUUGCGGAGGCUGGUGCCAAGGCUACUUUCUUCAUGAACGGCGAGAACUUUGGCAACAUUAACGACUUCCAGGAUGUUGUCAAGCGUAUGGACGCCGAGGGCCACCAGAUCGGUUCUCACACCUACAGCCACCCUGAUCUCGCCACUCUGGGCGAUGCCGACAUCAUCCCUGAGAUGACUUCUCUCGAGGAUGCUCUCAUCAACAUCAUCGGAAAGUACCCUACGUACAUGCGCCCUCCCUUCUUCAGCUGGAAUGACAACACCCUGUCCAUCCUCAAGGCUUUGGAGUACCACGUCAUUCACGCCGAUGUUGACUCAUUUGACUACGCCAACAACGCUCCUCUUGGCAACCUGACUAGUGUCGGUAUCUUCGAAAAGGGUGUCAACGCCGGCGGCUCCAUCGCUCUGGCCCACGAGGUUCACCAGAACACCGCCGAGUACCUUGUUCCCGAGUUCCUGCGCAUCAUCAAGGAGAAGAACCUGAGAGCUGUCACUGUCGGUGAGUGCCUUGGCGACCCCGAGGCCAACUGGUACAAGACCAAGCGCACUUCGACCCCCACCGCCACCGCUUCCAGAAUCGUUGUCUCCAUUACCAGCACCGCUACCCCCACAGGUGUGAUCGGUCCUGACGGUGCCUGCGGUGGCUCUGAGGGUUACGUCUGCCAGGCCGGUGCUUGCUGCAGUGAGUAUGGAUUCUGCGGUACUUCCCAGGCCUACUGCAGUACCGGCUGCCAGCCCCUCUUUGGUGUCUGCGGUGUCGCUGGCCCCGUUGCAUCUGGCGGCGAUGUUACCAGCGCUCCUGCUGCCACCCAGACCGCCGCCCCCGGUGGCAUCAGCCCUGACAGCUCUUGCGGUGGCGCCAACGGCUACACCUGCCCUGGUUCCACUUGCUGCAGCGAGUAUGGCUUCUGCGGCGACACCACCGCUCACUGCGGUACUGGCUGCCAGCCCCUUUUCGGCACAUGCGCUUAA